AUGAAGAGUACGCAGGUUUUCAGCCUUCUUGGCCUGGCAGCCCUAUCAAAAGCCUGCCUCACGGCCGACGAAAAAGCUGGAGUCGUCCGUCGCUCCGGCCGGGUCGACCCAAGAGCGAACAAUGGACUGUCGAUUGGUACGGGUGAUCGAUUCUCCAAUGGUACUAUCGCUCCCCGCGGUCUUGGUACCCAAGCAGCAUCGACUACUCCAGGUCUCAUUUUCAACGUUGAAGAAAUCAGCAGUGCUCUCCAGGGAUUGGCCACUGUGUACGACAUUGAGACUUUCACAGCUCCUUACACCACCUACGAGGGGAGGAGUAUUUAUGGUGCCAAGGUGGGCGGCACUGGAAAUGGCACCGACGCAUACAGCGUUUACAUCAAUGCCGGUAUCCAUGCCCGAGAGCGUGGCGGUCCCGACAAUGUGAUUUACUUCAUCUCGGAUCUUCUCUACGCCAACAAGAACAACCUGGGCCUGACGUACGGCAGCAAGACCUACACGGCGGCUCAAGUGAAGACUGCCUUGUCAGCAGGAAUCGUGUUUGUGCCCUUGAGCAACCCCGACGGUGUCGCAUACGAUCAGUCGUCGAACAGCUGCUGGAGGAAGAACCGAAACCCAGCCUCUGCCACCACUGGCCGGCCCGCCACUAUCGGUGUCGAUCUGAACCGCAACUUUGACUUUCUCUGGGACUUUCCCAACCUCUUUGCUACCUCGGUCCAAUCCGGUGUUGCCUCGACAAGUCCAGCAUCAGAGACGUAUCACGGAACAGCCGCCUUCUCUGAGCCCGAGACCAAGAGCAUCAAAUGGGUGCUCGACACACAUGCCAAUGUUGAGUGGUUCCUUGAUCUCCACUCGGACGCCGGAGUAGUUCUCUACAGCUGGGGAAGCGACGACAACCAGUCUACAGAUCCCAGCAUGAACUUUUUGAACUCGACGUACAACAAGGCGCGUGGUGUCUCGCCCGACCGCAACGGUCUCGUGUAUUCCGAGUACACUACUGCCGAGGACUGGGCCUUGAACGAGAAGACGGCCAAAACCAUUGGCGCGUCCAUGAAGGCCACUACCGGUCGAUCGUACGACGUGGAACAGGCUAGCGAACUCUACCCGACUUCGGGUGCCAGUGACGACUACUCGUACUCGAGGCACUUUGCCGAUCCCAGCCUAGGUCUGGUCCACGCUUUCACUGUCGAGUUUGGCUUCUCCAACAAUGCUGCCUCUUGCGGCUUUUACCCUACAGCGGCAACUUACAAGCAGAAUAUUCUGGAAACAAAUGCCGGGUUCAUGGAGUUGUUGCUUGCUGCGGCCGCAAAUGCAUAA